AUGUAUCUCUUGACUCCCCCCAUUCUAGCUAAACCCGAGAAUGGCGAGAUGCUAUUCUUAUAUAUCGCUAUUUCCGCUUCGGCGGUUAGCAGUGUUCUAGUCCGCGAAGAUAGGGGGGAACAGCGUCCCGUAUUCUAUGUCAGCAAAUCGCUAAGUGACGCCAAAGCCAGAUACCCGACUUUAGAAAAGUUGGUGCUUGCAGUGGUGACUUCUGCUCGGAAACUUCGGCCAUAUUUUCAGUCCCAUUCAAUCACAGUCUUAACCGACCAGCCGCUCCGAAUCAUUCUACAUAGUCCAAGCCAAUCAGGUCACCUCGCGAAAUGGGCCGUCGAACUAAGCGAGUACGAUAUAGAAUACAAGAAUCGAACCAUCGCGAGUGUCGGAAUCCGCCUAAAAUCCCCAAACGGUGAGAUCCUCGAACAGUCGUUCCGCUUUGAGUUCCCAGCGUCCAACAACGAGUGUGAGUACGAAGCUCUACUUGUCGGGCUGCGAUUGGCUAAAGAGCUCGGCGUGCGACAUCUUCACACUUUCUGCGAUUCGCAGCUCGUCGCAAGUCAGUUAAGUGGAGAAUACACGACAAAAAACGAACGAAUGGACGCGUACCUAACAACAACUAAGGCACUCAUUUUGGAAUUUGAGACGUUCGAACUCACCAAAAUCCCUCGCGGUGAGAACUCAUCUGCUGACGCGCUAGCCGCCCUAGCUUCCAGUUCCGACCCGCAUAUGAAGAGAAAAAUCCCGGUCGAAAGUAUCUCAGAACCAAGCAUAAAAACAGCGCCAAAAUGCAAUGUCGCCACCCGACGACGGAACUACGACGAAAUUCCGACCUCGUCAAACAAGAAUGCCGAUCAAGCUCUUAAGGAGAAUGCCGAACGAGAUCUCGAGGAUCUAGCCGCCGAUCACGACUUUGAGAACAUAACUGAAGGAAUCCACAGCCCGUCGACCAGCGAAAACCCAGAGAACGAGUCCGCUGAGGAUUGGACAGCCGAAUUACGAGAAUAUCUCCUCAACGGCAAAGUCCCUGAAGACAAAUGGGCUGCUCGCCGUCUUAAAGUCCGGGCCGCUCAUUACACAAUGCACAAAGAUAAACUAUACCGUUGGAGCGCAUCCGGCGUACUCUUGGCCUGUGUCUCCGGGAAUGAGAUAAUCGAAAUCAUGCACGAAAUCCACGAAGGGUCUGGUGGCAAUCAUUCAGGAGGCCGAUCCCUUGCCCUGAAAAUAAAAAAAAGCCAGUUAUUUAUGGCCGACGAUGAACGCGGACUGCGAGAAGUUCGUCAUGAAGUGCGAUAA